UGUAACUGAUCUUUUCUGCCUCCUCACUGGUCUGUAUACUCCCUGAGGGGAGGGCCCUGGUAUUAUCCAUAUCUAUACCCACAGAUGUGCCUCCUUCUCCCACACCCCAUCCUGUUAGUCUCCCCAUUGGCUGACUUGGUUCCGUGAAGGAAGGCUGUGUUGGCAACAUCAGCUGACCUCACACUGGUGGCUCCAAGUCAGAAUGCAAACAUUCUGUAGAGAGCAGAGUUUCUUAGUUUCUCAGAGAAAUAUAGGGCAGAAACUGCACUAUAGCUAAAUAUUUCCUUUUCUCCAUGUGAUAAAAGACUAACAGUUUUGGAGUGAUGGACAAGGUUCAGAGUUCUUUCAGCUUUCUAGUUUUGUUUUUAAUGGAAUGGCCACCUUUAUGCUUGCCUUAUGAAGUUUUCUUUUCAAGGCUACAAUCAGUCACAAACAUCCACAAAUAUCACUAAGCAGGAAAGUGUUUCCUCAAGACUCAGAGCUCUGAAACCUCCUAUGCCCACGCAAUUACCAGGCAAUAAUGGUAAUGGGAAGGGUGAUACACAUAACCCUAUAAAGACUAAUGGGAGUCUAACAACCUAUGCAGCACCCCUGAACGCUGAUACCUGGAAUGCUGCACUGAUUCCACGUAGACCUGCUCUUGUUCAAGUAAUUGUGAUUGCGUGUAUAGCCUUCAGCAUUGCUCUGAUAUGUGGAAUCAGUAUUUCCUAUGUGAUAUAUCGGCUGGUCCAGGCUGAGGAAAGACAGCAACUUGCCUGGCUUUAUAACAACGUCAGGAUACCAUUGCUGGGAGACAAGGACGAGGGCUCUGAGGAUGAGAGCCAGGAUGAGUCCACCUACCUACUUCCAGAGAACGAGAAGGAGCUGGAAAAGUUCAUUCACUCAGUUAUUAGAUCCAAAAGAAGAAAACAUAUGGAAAACAGACUGAAUAAAGAACAGUCGUUAUCAAGGGAAACAAGUCUAGAUAAUUCUAUGCACAGUGUGAGCCUGGAGAAUCUGUGAGAGCAAAGGAAAAAGACGCAGUAUGCGCUAGCCAGCGUGGAGCCCACGGCUGCAGGGACAACCCACGAUGGGGGACCUGAGUAUGACUUACUCCUGGAGAGUUCUGUUCGGAGCACUCUAGAGAAGCCAACUGGAAGUAUUUAAGAGAAAAUAAAUCCAUACGCUCAACAA